GGGAGGGCUCGCGCUUUCAGGGUGUUGCUUUUUUUUUUUUUUAACCUCCCCCAUCAUCCCUUAUCCUGACUCACUCGCGACUCCGAGGCUCGCGCGGCGGCAAGGUUUGGAGAGGGGCUGCGUUCGCGGGACCCACGGGCUCGCCCCAGCCUGCACUCCCGACCGCUCGCCACCUCCUCCCGCCUCCUCCCCUCCCUUCCCCGCCCUCCUGUACACUUGAUCACUGAGCUUCGAGCUGCGCGGCGGCCGGGGCGUCUCUGCGCUCUCUCUCCCCUUAGACCUGCGCGCUCCGGCGGCUCGGGCGGUCGCUCGCUCGCUCGCCCGCCCUCCUCUGCUCCACUUGACUCUCCGGGUGCCGUCGCCGAACUUCCCGCAGGGGUUCGCGCUGCGGCCGGGGCCGUUUUCGCUUUUGUUCGGUUUUGUUGUUUAUUUCCAUUUUUAUUGUUAUCGUUAUUACUAUUAUUCCCUCCCCCCCUCCUCCUCCGGAGAGCGCGAGCCGAGGCGGCGGUCCACACCCGCCCGGGGAGAAAGAUGUCAAACGUGAGAGUGUCUAACGGGAGUCCGAGCCUGGAGCGGAUGGACGCCAGACAAGCGGAGCACCCCAAGCCUUCCGCCUGCAGAAACCUCUUCGGCCCGGUCAAUCACGAAGAGCUCACCCGGGACUUGGAGAAGCACUGCCGAGACAUGGAAGAAGCGAGUCAGCGCAAGUGGAACUUCGACUUUAAGAAUCACAAGCCCCUGGAGGGCAGAUACGAGUGGCAGGAGGUGGAGAAGGGCAGCUUGCCGGAGUUCUACUACAGACCCCCGCGCCCCCCCAAGGGCGCCUGCAAGGUGCCGGCGCAGGAGAGCCAGGAUGUCAGCGGGAGCCGCCAGGCGGUGCCUUUAAUUGGGUCUCAGGCGAACUCCGAGGACCGGCGUUUGGUGGACCAAAUGCCUGACCCAUCAGACAGCCCGGCGGGGUUAGCGGAGCAGUGCCCGGGGAUGAGGAAGCGACCUGCAGCAGAUGAUUCUUCUUCGCAAAACAAAAGGGCCAACAGAACAGAAGAAAAUGUUUCAGACGGUUCCCCGAACGCUGGCACUGUGGAGCAGACGCCCAAGAAGCCCGGCCUUCGAAGACACCAGACGUAAACAGCUCCGAAUUAAGAAUGUUUCCUUGUUUAUUAGAUACAUCACUGCUUUAUGAAGCAAGGAAGAUAUACAUGAAAAAUUUUAAAUACAUAUCGCUGACUCCAUGGAAUGGACAUCCUGUAUAAGCACUGAGAAAGAAAAACAUAAUAACACUAAAAUUUAGGCACCCUUAAACCAUCUGCCUCUAAAAGCAUUGGAUGUAGCAUUGCGCAAUUAGGUUUUUCCUUAUUUGCUUCAUUGUACUACCUGUGUAUAUAGUUUUUAUCUUUUACUUUGUAGCACAUAAACAUUAGGGAUGGGAGGGUAGGGUGGGGCUGAGGAAUCGGCAUGGGGUCCUGUGAGGGUGUGAAGAACUUGCUUCACUUUGUAGCAAGGAGAAAAAUAUUUGACUUGCAUCAAGAGAAGCAGCUCGGGUCGGGGGGGAAGGGUUUGAAUGCUUUCUUUAAAGAUGUAGUGCCCCUUUCAGCAAGACUUGAUCUUUCAUUUUUAAAAUAAUCAAAGUUUGAAAAAUUGCUACAGAUAGUUGCUAUUUAUUUUUACAUGAAACUUAUUCACAUUUCCGAGUUCUGAAAAUUCUGUUAACACAACAACAAAUGGCUUAAAAGAAAAAAAAAAACUAUUUUUUUUCUUCUUCCUUAAAAUGGGAAUUUACCUGUUAAUUGUUUAGCAAUAAGCACUCCAGGUAAUACUGGGCAAAAAUAUGGGGUGCAUGAUAGGGAAUUGUGAAUUCUUAGAAUUGACCAUCUCACAUCAGAUUUGCUGAGAAAUUUUCUUAGUUUUCUUUUCACUUGAGCUGUGUAGACAGUGAAAAUAAUCCUAAAUCCCUAGAUAUUUUUAUAAGUCUGUAACUUUACACAAAUAAUGAAAUAAUUUUUAAUUCAAAUUUUCUCACCUUACUUGUUAAUUUGCCCCCCCCCAAGGAAAGUGUUGUUUUUAAAGGAAAAAAAGGAGUAUGCUUUUUAGAAAAAGCACACUUGUAGAAUAAGUGAAAUGGAUACUACAUCUUUAAACAGUGUUUCAUUGCCUGUGUAUGAGAAAACCUUUGAAGUGUGCCUGUGUAUAUAACUCUGUAAAGACACUGAAAAUUAUACUAACUUAUUUAUGUUAAAAAGAUUUUUUUUUUAAUCUAGACAAAAUACAAGCCAAAGUGGCAUGUUUUGUGCAUUUGUAAAUGCUGUAUUGGGUAGACUAGUCCUCCUUCCCCCUUUUGUUAAAUAUGGCUAUGCUUAAAAGGUUGCAUACUGAGCCAAGUAUAAUUUUUGUAAUGUGUGAAAAAGAUGCCAAUUAUUGUUACACAUCAAGCAAUCAAUAAAGAAAACUUGCGUAGUUACUCACUGA